AUGUCGAGGCCGUCGUCCCGCAAGGCGCGGCGAGAGCCGCUGUACCUCGACUUCAUCGAUGAGCGCAGCACUAUCACGCUCACAACCGACGAGUUUCGCACCUUAGAACAGGUCAGCAUUCAUUGGUGUGGAUGGAUGGAUGGACCACAUCACAUCACAACUACAUUUUUGUGUGUGUGUGUGUGUGUGUGUGUGUAUGUGUGUGUAUGUGUGGUGUGGUUCUCCUCGACCAGACGCGUCGAAAGAUCGCCGGUGUCCGGAGCAUGCUGCUCGAGCAGAUAGUGGAUGUGUCCCUGUACGACACCGCCGACGGCAGGUACUGCUUCGUCGACUACCUCUCGCCCUCGGAGGCGACGAGCAACUCGAGGGUCAUCAAGGUGGAGGUGAGCCUGCCGUCCUUUAUCACGGGCUUCCCCAUGCCGCCCGACGGCUGCGAUCCGGCUGCAUGGGACAAUAUCUAUGUCUGCAUCCGAAUCCACGAGGGAAAAUACGGUCGGUGUUGGGUGGGUGGAGAAAGAGCACACGGGUCUGAGUGUGUGUGUGUAUGUGUGUGUGUCAGAUGUGUUUAUGUGGGUGUUGGAGGUGUAUGGGAUCAGCUACGACAUGCUGCACGAGUGGCUGCGGUGCGGCCUGGAGCGGCUCGGGUAUGACGCCUGGCCCAACCCACACAAAGACACUUACGACACAUGAUGGAGGGAUGGACGGAUGGUAGCCGGCGGCAUACAUACCCAGACAGACAGACAGACAGGCAGGCGCCGAUCUGUUCUUGUGAAGUGUGAUGCUACGGGUUCUGCGCAUGUUCACGCUACGAGCGUCUGUACCUGCCUGCCCGUCUGUGAGUCACUCCUUCCUUCCGUCUGUCGCGUGCCUGUCUGUCUGUCGCUCUUUCCACUGUAAAUAAGGGUUGAUUCGCAGACAGCGGGUGGAAGAGGAGGGAUGGGGCGCAUAUGGAUGGCCAUCCGUGGACAUACCAGCGAGAGGGCGUGCUAGUGCUGUGGGUGGGAUGAUGGACCAACAACUGACUUAACUGUCAUGACCUACCUGUACAGACCCGGGGGGCUGUGCGUAUUUAUUUGUCACUUUGAGGGGAGAGAGAGUCGGAUGGCAUGGAUGGGUGUGUGACAGGCUUGGACGCUGCCGCUGCUGCUGCAUGGCAUGGAUCGCCUGUCGUUGCUCAGUUGGUUGAUGGAUAUCAUGAUAUGUAUACGUCUGUCUGUCUGUCGUACUCUGACUGACUGACGGACUGACUGACUGACUGACCGGCACAAAUAAGUAAUGCAUUCACUCACCCACAGAGCGCGUCAAAUUGACUGACACAUAGUGUUAUCUGACAGAGAGCUAUAAUAGUGACUGACGUAACCUUCUUGAAUGGUCUCGUGCUGUGCCCCUCCC